ACCACACUAAUCUUGCUCUAAAACAUCAGGAAAAUGGUAUCUAACAAGCUGUCGUACCCAGACUCCAGCUCAACUUGGACAGCCAAGCAAACCAAAUUGUUCGAAAAUGCUCUCGCAAUCUAUGAUCAGGAAACCAAUGACCGUUGGCACAAGAUAGCCAAGAUCGUUGGAGGGACAACUGAAGAAGAAGUGAAGAGGCAGUAUGAGAUCCUAGUACACGACAUCAACUGCAUAGAGUCAGGCAAAGUUCCCCUUCCUAAAUACAGGAAAGUAGGAGAAAGCAAGAUCAGCAAUCAGGAAAAGAGGUAAUUCACUUUUUUCUCUUCUUUAGUUGAUAAGAUGAAGCUAGACAAACAGGUUAUAAAUCCUUGAAAUCCUAGUUUAACUUUACUCAGAAUCUGUUCGAUGAAAUAACCAACUGCAAGAAGGGAACUGUAUCUAAAAAAUAAAAUAAAAAUAAAAGGAACAUAAAAGAUUCUAUG